AAACUUUACGGCAUAGCGCGUGGGGCGGCGGCUGGCCUGGUGGGGGCGGGGGCUGCUCCUUAAAGGAGCCGUCAGAGGGUCCCCUGCGGCCCCAGGGUGGGAAGGGGCCAGAGUGGAGAGGUGCCGCUGCGGGAGUCCUCGGUGGAGUGUGAGAAGGCAGCUGGUGGUGGCCUGGAAGACCUCCAGAACCUGAGAAGAGGCAGUGAUCCUGGGGCAGAGUCCAGGGCAACUCAAGGCUCCUCCACACACACACCCGCUGAACCCUGAGCGCCCCGAGCUGCUGAGAUGGGGCGGGCCGGGGCCGCCGCCAUGAUCCCGGGCCUGGCCCUGCUCUGGGCAUUGGGGCUGGGGGGUGCCGCCCCCAGCCCCCCACGCCUUCGGCUCUCCUUCCAAGAGCUCCAGGCCUGGCAUGGUCUCCAGACUUUCAGCCUGGAACGAACCUGCUGCUACGAGGCCUUGCUGGUGGAUGAGGAGCGUGGACGCCUGUUUGUGGGUGCCGAGAACCAUGUGGCCUCCCUCAGCCUGGACAACAUCAGCAAGCGGGCCAAGAAGCUGGCCUGGCCGGCCCCUGUGGAAUGGCGAGAGGAGUGCAACUGGGCAGGGAAGGACAUUGGUACUGAGUGCAUGAACUUUGUGAAGUUGCUGCAUGCCUACAACCGCACCCACUUGCUGGCCUGUGGCACGGGAGCCUUCCACCCAACCUGUGCCUUUGUGGAAGUGGGCCACCGGGCAGAGGAGCCCGUGCUCCGGCUGGACCCAGGAAGGAUGGAGGACGGCAAGGGGAAGAGUCCUUAUGACCCCAGGCAUCGGGCUGCCUCCGUGCUGGUGGGGGAGGAGCUAUACUCAGGGGUGGCAGCAGACCUCAUGGGCCGAGACUUUACCAUCUUUCGCAGCCUGGGCCAACGUCCGAGUCUCCGAACAGAGCCACACGACUCCCGGUGGCUCAAUGAGCCCAAGUUUGUCAAGGUAUUUUGGAUCCCGGAGAGCGAGAACCCAGACGACGACAAAAUCUACUUCUUCUUUCGUGAGACGGCGGUAGAGGCGGCGCCGGCACUGGGACGCCUGUCCGUGUCCCGAGUUGGCCAGAUUUGCCGGAACGACGUGGGCGGCCAGCGCAGCCUGGUCAACAAGUGGACGACGUUUCUGAAGGCGCGGUUGGUGUGCUCAGUGCCGGGCGUCGAGGGCGACACCCACUUCGAUCAGCUCCAGGAUGUGUUUCUGUUGUCCUCGCGGGACCACCGGACCCCGCUGCUCUAUGCUGUCUUCUCCACGUCCAGCAGCAUCUUCCAGGGUUCUGCAGUGUGCGUGUACAGCAUGAACGACGUGCGCCGGGCCUUCCUGGGACCCUUUGCACACAAGGAGGGGCCCACGCACCAGUGGGUGUCAUACCAGGGUCGCGUCCCCUACCCGCGGCCAGGCAUGUGCCCCAGCAAGACCUUUGGCACCUUCAGUUCCACCAAGGACUUCCCCGACGAUGUCAUCCAGUUUGCGCGGAACCACCCCCUCAUGUACAGCUCCGUCCUGCCCAUUGGGGGGCGCCCUCUUUUCCUACAAGUUGGAGCCAAUUACACCUUCACUCAAAUUGCCACGGACCGGGUUGCAGCCGCUGACGGACACUAUGACGUCCUCUUCAUUGGCACAGACGCUGGCACGGUGCUGAAGGUGAUCUCGGUCCCCAAAGGCAGUAGGCCCAGCGCAGAGGGGCUGCUCCUGGAGGAGCUGCACGUGUUUGAGGAUUCGGCCGCUGUCACCAGCAUGCAAAUCUCCUCCAAGAGGCACCAGCUGUACAUAGCCUCGCGGAGCGCGGUGGCCCAGAUCGCGUUGCACCGCUGCGCUGCCCACGGCCGCGUCUGCGCAGAAUGCUGUCUGGCGCGUGACCCCUACUGCGCCUGGGACGGGGUCGCGUGCACGCGCUUCCAGCCCAGUGUCAAGAGGCGGUUCCGGCGGCAAGACGUAAGGAAUGGCGACCCCAGUACGCUGUGCUCCGGAGACUCGUCUCGUCCCGCGCUGCUGGAACACAAAGUGUUCGGCGUGGAGGGCAGCAGCGCCUUUCUCGAGUGUGAGCCCCGCUCGCUGCAGGCGCGCGUGGAGUGGACUUUCCAGCGUGCAGGGCUGACAACCCAUACCCAAGUGCUGGCACAGGAGCGCACCGAGCGCACCGCCCGGGGACUACUGCUUCGCAGGCUGCGGCGCCGGGACUCGGGCGUGUACUUGUGCGCAGCAGUCGAGCAGGGCUUUACGCAACCGCUGCGUCGCCUGUCGCUGCACGUGUUGAGUGCUACGCAGGCCGAACGGCUGGCGGGGGCCGAGGAGGCUGCACCCGCCGCGCCGCCGGGCCCCAAACUCUGGUACCGGGACUUUCUGCAGCUGGUGGAGCCGGGCGGCGGUGGCAGCGCGAACUCCCUACGCAUGUGUCGCCCACAGCCUGCGCUGCAGUCACUGGCCCCGGAGUCGCGGAGGAAGGGCCGUAACCGGCGGACCCACGCUCCUGAGCCACGCGCUGAGCGGGGGCCGCGCAGCGCAACGCACUGGUGACCGGACUGUCCCCACGCCGGGAACCAAGCAGACUACAGGCGGGAGAGGAGCCAGACAGACCCUGAAAAGACAGACGGGUUGGGGCCGGGCACAUUGGGAGUCCCAGGCCGACGGAGACACCAACCGACAGGCCCUGGCUGAGGGCAGCUGCGCGGGCUUAUUUAUUAACAAGAUAACCCUUGAAUGUAGCAGCCCCAGGAAGGGUGGCACAGGCCGGGCGCAGGAUUCAGCCGGGAGGGAAGGGACGGGGAAGCUGGGCUCCAGAGCAACGACCAGGGCCGAAGAGGUGCCUGGAGUGCCCACCCUGAGGGGACAGAGUCCACCUCCUUGGGUAGUGAGCAGUGAGCAGAAAACUGUGAACAGGCUGGGCUGUUGGCGGUGGGGCGAGGCAGGCCGACUGUACUAAAGUAACGCAAUAAACGCAUUAUCAGCCAAAGCUGGAAUGGCCCCAGCAGACAACCCCAG